AUGCCUGACUUUGGUGCAUGUAGUGAGCCGACAUGCAAUCAAACGGCUGUCCGUUUAUUCGAUUGUGCACAUCAUUGUAUGAAAAUGGUUUGUCUACAACAUUUGAUUGAACAUGAUCGUUUAUUUGAGCGCAAUAAAAAAUACUUAGAAGGUCAUCAAUUAGAACUUAAACGACUUUAUUCUAUUUAUUCAUCAUUAGUUGAUGAAAAUAAAAUUCGUUAUGAAUAUGAACAAAAAUUAGAUGAUUAUAAAAGAUUAGUUAUUGAAGUUAAUACUUUAUUGGAUCAUAAUUAUAAUGAUGUUGAACAAUUUCGAUCAACUAUUGAAAAAUUAAAAAAAAUGAUCCAUGAAAAACAAAAACAAUCGGAUGAAUCAUUAACUAUCGUUAAAGUUGAACCAAUUGAAGAAAAUGCAGAUUUAACAAUGAAUUCAGAAAAAGAUGAAUCAUUAUAUAUAGGUUUUGAUCGAUUACAAAAUGAACCAAUUAUUGCUAAUGAUGAUGAUGAUCAUGAUAUCAUUCCAACUGUACCAAGUCCUCGAAUUGCCGGCGCAUGUCCAUUAUGGGUGAAUGGUGCUUAUGGUCUUAAUAAAAAAUAUCAUUCGGUUCGUUUAUGUCGAAGAAAAGAUUACACAGAUUUAAGUAAUCAUAUACGUCAAUAUCAUGGUUUAUUAACACCAUUUGCUAAUAUUAUUUCACGAGCUGUUGAUGCAAAUAUACCAGCUACAAUAUGUUUAAUUAAAGAUAAUGUCCAAGUUGCUGAUCCAUAUCGAAGUUUUCUUUGUCCAUUUCGUGCUGAAUGUUCAAAUCAAUAUUGGUUGCCAGUUGCAGCACUUAAAAAUCAUCUUAUUGAUGUUCAUCAUAUGGAUCCACCAAUGGCAGAAAUGAAAAUAAGAAAAAUUAAAAAAUUAAAUAAAAAUAAACCAAUGCCAAAACUUGGAAAUAGAAUACGUGAAAUUGUUAAAUAUAUUGAUUCAGUAACUGAAGAUCAAAGAAAACAUGUACAUAUCAAACAAUAA